AUGUCAUAUCAACAUCAAAGUAAUUAUUACGAUAUUGAUCAGAUACUCGCAGAGGAAGAGAGGAUAGUAUCAUGCUUUGAAACGGACGGCUAUAACUUGGGUCAUUUGGACCAGUCAUCCAUGCAUCAGGAUAUGAAACAGGGCACAUCACUUGAGUUACCAUUCUGGCUCGCCAAGGUACUGAAUAACAAUGAUAUCAUAUCCAACUCACCACCUGUAAUAUAUCUCGAGGACUUCAAGAACAAACUGAUGGCUGAUGCCAAGGUCAUUUCAAUGCGCAAGUUCCCCUACUAUGAUCGUUAUGGUUCAAUGAUAGUUGCAUUCUUUAAGGAUGAUUCAUUGGCUAGGGUACUGGCCAAGGUGUUCAAGCAACGCCUGUUCAACAUAUUCACGCAGUCGAUGCACUUGAAGAACACGGACAUAUCCAGACUGCAGUCCAAUCUGACGUCUAGAGAGAACCAUGUCUUUGAACUAGGAUAUCAGGCAUCUGCAGACUAUGACAGUUGGAAAGACAGGCGAGGUGAUAAGAUAGUGACAUCCGAUCGUAAAUACACCGCUACAACAACAAAUAACAGGCGUGAUGAGACAAUGUUAAAGAAAAGAAAGCGUAUCACUGACAAUGAUGAUGAGUAG